ACAUCAAAAAGAGCUGUCAACCCAGCGAUUAUCUGUCAUAGAGUUGGCAACGCGGUGGAUUUGACAGUGUGAAAAUUUCUGCUGACAUGGAAUAUAUUUUGGUUGUGUAUUGUCUGAAGUUUUGUAUUUGGAAUUUGCGCAAAUGUACAAAAAUCGAUUAAAGUGAACUUCGUAUGCGAACGGAAAAAACAACAACAAUAAUGAAGAGUGUAUGAAGAAGUUUAACUAGAAAGUGGUGCAAAAAAUAGGAAUAGAUAAUAAUUAUAAAAGUAGUUUGUGUUAGCAGAAACUGUAAUUAGAAAGUGUAACGAAUAACAACAAAGUAGAACCGAGAAACACCUUUUGUUGUAACGAAAAAAAUGUCCAGCAAUGAUGGCAAUGAGCAAGCUUCACAUAUCAGCAAUCUGCAGGAGAGCUUUUCCAAGCAACAGAAAAAGAUAUCGGCGCUGAAAGAACUUGUACGUAAAUCGGAGGUUGCACAUGGCAAGUCAACUUCAACUGCGCAAGAGAAGGUCAAGAACAUUGCCCAACGUCUGACACAUUUAAAACUUAAAGCUCGUUCUCGGCAGAGCCUACCUGCUGCCACCCCAACAACAGUUCAAGAAAAUGUGCCCACAUUUGUGCCAAAAGAAUCUAGUGAGCCACUGCGGGAACAGCAAUUUGAGCAAGAACAACAUACACAAGAGCUUCCACAAUUGGCACACUCGUUCUCCUAUGUGGAGCAAUCAGUUGGUGCUUCGCCACACUUCACACCAUUAAAAUCCCAACAGCGCAGUGGAUCUAGCAAAUCACUUUCCAGUAGUUCGACGGCAGGUAGUGAAAAAGUGCUGCUGUUGCGUAAGCAAAUGGAGCAGAAUAAACUGUUAAUGGCACAACGCGCAUCAAGUAAACAACAUUUAGAGCAGCUCGUUUCACAGUUGAAGGAGAAAUUCGACACGACACAACAAUGUUUGGAAGAUACCACCGAAUUGGGCAAAUCAAUGAGUGAUCUCAGUGCAUUGAUGGUGCGCUCACCGGCGUCACGUGAGCGACACAAAUCGGCCACAGAUUUGUCGUCUCAGCCGUUCUCUUUGGAGAAAGAACGCAUUAAGUUCCUUGAAAAUCGCUGCCGCCUGCUGGAAAAACAGCUCGAAAAGGAGCGGCAAGGGCACGGCAACCAAGAAGCAGCAAAACCAAUUGAAUCAGUAGACCUAAAACAACAAAAGGAAUUAGAAAAUAAAGUAAAGGAAUUAGAAAAGGCACUGCAAGAGCGUCAAACUGAGAUCGAUAGCAAAAAUGGUGAGACAAAUCAAUUAGCCGAAGAAUUGGAGCAAAUACGCUUAGAUGUUAGUGCUAAAGAUGAAGAACUUUGCCUUAUGCGGCUAAAACAAGGCGACACAUCUAACGAACUUUACGAACUAGCCGAUAUGGAGAAAAACGAUAUCGAAAGCCUUCGCAGCGAACUAGCUGAUAAGUGCACACGCAUUAAUGAAUUGGAAGAGAUCAACGAUAUUUUGGAGUCAACACGUUGUGAUUUAACGUUGAAGAAUAACAAACUCGAGGAGCAAUUGCAGCAAGUAAAGGCCGAACUGGAAACGGCAAAUGAUAAACUACAUUCAGUACAAGAAGAAUUGCAGCGCAGUGAGGAGAAAUGUUCUUCCUUAGAAGAGGUGUUAGAGAAGUUACAGAACUCUACAGAAGCAAUCGUUAUGGAGCCUAAAACUGAUAAUAUGACAAGAGUGCAGGUUAACGAGGAAAUGGCUAAACAAAUACAGGAACUUCGUGAUGAAUGUGACAAGCUGUCGGAAGAAAAUAGGCAAUUAAAGGAAACAAUCAGCGAACAAGAAAAGUUGGAAGUGUCGGAUACCAGUAUUGCUGAAAAGAUUGCUGCACUCGAAGCCACCAUUGAAAGCCAACGCGAAGAUCUGAAGGACCGCCAAAGCACAGCGAGCCGUUUAGAAGAGGAAGUGAUGGAGAAAACAAUCGAACUUAAUGUACUGAAUGCAAACUUCAAAGUUCUUGAAGAAAAACUUGAAGCUAGCAAAAAAAGCAAGCCAUUAUUUUCUUCAAACGGAGGUGACGCUGCGGAUAAUCCGAAAUUAGAAGCGGAAAUACAGCAGUUGAAGCACAAACUGGACGAAUCUAACAAGGCAAUGAUAAAACUCAAGUUGAAAUGCAAACAAACCGAGAAGCAAGUAGAGAAGUUGAAGCAAAGUUCGGAUUUGAACGCUGAAAAUGUGCGCUUAGAAGCUUUGGUUGAGGAGUUGGAGCAAAAAGUUAUUGAAUUGGAAGAUGAGAAGGGUCAGUGGCAAUUAUCCCAAGUCGACGUAGCCACCAAAGAGUCCACCGAUAAUAGCUCACACGAGCUUCAAAUUCUCAUUGCUGAAUUAGAGGGAAAACAAAAAACACAAAUAGAGACAAUAAGGUUGUUGGAAGAGCAAAAAUACGAGCAGGAACAACGACUUAAAGUAGUCGAGCAAGAAUUGCAAGAAGAAAUCCGCAACAGAGAAGGUAAAGAAGAUGCGCGCGUUAAGUCUGAAAUGUUCGAGAUACAUCUGGAGGAAAAAGUGGAAGAGCAAGCUCAACAGUUGCAGCAGCUGGAAGAGCGUUUAUCUAAAACUAUGGUCGAAAUGGAGGAACAAAAUCAGAAACUGGUUGAUUUGCAAGAACAAAAGCAGGCAGUUGAAAAGAAGUUACAGAAUUACAUGGUUGAAAACAUAGAAUUAUUAGAUAAAAUAGAGAAACUUAGUAAAUCGUCCUCAUCAGCCGAAUCAAUCGAAAUUGUUGAACGGUUAACACAGCAGGAACGCGCAGAAAUUGAUGAACAGAAUAAGCGACUUGAUGAAAAUGUCGUCAGUUCGGUAAAUGAACUUACACAAACCGAACUGGCGCCUGAGCUGAGCGAUAGUCUCGUCAAAUUGCGCGAAGAAAGUUCAGAGUUGAUGAAUAAAAUAGAAUUAUUUACAACAGAGCGUCGCGAAGUGCUCGAACGCAUGGAGCACCUCACAGCCGAAAACCACGAACUGAUCAGAAAAGUGGAGGAACUCACGAGAGAUAAUGAGGAAAUGGAGACAAAUUUGUUGUUGGCAAAUGACGUUAAAGUAAAAUUGGAAGAACGCAUCAAGGGGCUGGGCAAAGAGAAAGAUCAACUUGCAGUGCAAGUGGCCGAAUUUAAGGUGCAAAGCAACCAGCUUUCACAAGAACUAUCAUCAAUGCAAAAGUCCUCCGAAGUAGUGGCCGCACUUGACAGCAAAGAGGAUGCAGCACUCUUUGACAAGUGUGAAAAAUGUCUCACUAAUCUGAACCAAGAAUUGGAGAUCUACCGUAAGGCCAGCGAUAAAAACGCUAAAUUCAUCGCCUCCAAAAAAUUGGCUAAGGAGGCCAAGAACGCCCAUACGCAGCUAAGCGAACUGUUGCAAAAGGUGAAAGAGGCUAGCACAGCUGUAGAGACUGUAACGGUAGUGGAAACGGUCGUCGCGGUUACUGCGCCCAAUGGCAAAGCACUAGCAGAAUACGAACAACUGACCACACAAAACCGCCUGCUCAAAGAAACAAUCGAAGACCUGCGUCGAGAACUACAGGAAGCGCGUGAGGAUGAUGUUGCUGACACCACCGAAGCAACAACGACAGCGGCACCAGUGCCAGCGCUAACUGAGGAUCAAACAGCAAGAGAGGAACGUGAAAAGCAAUUAGAGGCGCUCAAAAAAUAUGAAGAACAAUGUGUAGACUUGCAAUCCACAAUCGAGAAUCUACGUUUGCAGUUGGUUGAAACGCGCACAGCGCGCGAAGAGAAAAGCGGAGAAAUUACACAACUGAAUGAAGAGCUGGAAACUUUGAAAAAGACUUCAAGCGAACUUGAAAGCCUGCUUAACGAAACGAAUUUAUCGCACGAGAAGGAGGUAAAAGAGCUGUUGCGUUUGAGGAGAGAGUUGGAAGGCAAGUGCGAUACAUACGAAGGUGAAAUGAACAUUCUGCAAACGCUUGUCACCGAACAAAAACAGCAACUGAUAGAAGCCUACAAGGAGCACGAACACGAGAAUAACAUGCAGCUUAUAAAAUUGCAGGAACGCGACGAGCAAAUUACGGAGCUGCGAGCUGAAAUCAAGGAGAUGAAGCGUGCUUUAGAGUCCGCAGGUGACCAGUUGUCCGAAGACCUCCGCAAGGAGUGCGAGAAGCUGCGCGAAGCUUUGAAAAUAAAUAAGAACUUAGUGACCGAACAAGUCAAUGAGCUUUCAAACAAACAAGAAACAAUCGAAACACUAAAUCAACAAGUUAUGGACUUGUACAAAUCGAUGGAAGAGAAUGCAAAUAAAAUCAUUGCGAAGGAAGAUGAAAUCAGCUAUUUACAGGAAGUUAUGGAAAGCAAAAACAAGGAGCUCGAAGAUUUGCGUAAGGAUAAUAACGAACAGAAAUCGGUCGUUGAUAAAUUGUUAGAUGAGCUUCAUAGCCAUAGAGCUACCGUUGAGCAAAUACCGCAGCUAGAAAGUGAUAUACAGCGUUUGGAGCUUGAAAACCAAAAAUUAGAUAAAAUCAAUAGAGAGCUUGAGAAACGCAACAAAGAACAACUCGAAAAAAUGAAGAAGUAUGCAGCUAAUUUGAAAAAACGAGUCACUCAAUGCCAAGAGUUGGAAGCCAAAGUAAAUGAGUUGGAGAAGGGCAGCGUGGAGGCAAUGCAAACCAAACAACAGGUACUAAGCGACGAACAGGCACAUACAGACACAAGAAAGCAGCUAGAAACUCAGAUCGAAGAGCUAAAGGCGCAACUCGAAUUAAAAGCUAAAGAAACGGCAGAGGCCACUGAACUUGAUCGCCGUUUACAAAGCCAAUUAGAGCAAUUGGAGAGAACUUUGGCGCAAAAGAACAGCGAGAUUGUGCAACUCCAAGUCGCUUUGGUCGAUGCGCAAGAACAAUCGUCCGGCUGGGGUGAUAAUGCGCUGGAUAUGGCCAACGCGACUAAUGAAGAAAAUGAAGAGCUAAAGAGGCAGUUGGAAGAAAAGACACACAAACUGCAAGAGGCCGAAGCGGAAAUCUACAGCAUGCAAGAAGAAUUGAUACAAAUUCGUGAAAGUGAGCGAGAGAAGUAUUUUGCCAUCAAAGAUAUAGAAGAGGCGCUAGCACAUAAGAGUGAGUUGGCUACACAAUUACAACAGCAAAUACAGAGCCACGCGCAAGCUGACAAUAUCACACAAGCGCUGGAGGAAAAGGUGCGCACAUUCGAAGAACGUCUGCAAACGCUUAGUGAAGAGCUCAAAGCAAAGUCGCUGAAGUUCGAAAAGUCAAAGACGGUCAUUAAAGAGCGCAACAAUCAGAUCCAACGCCUACAAGCGCAGUUAAAGGAUUUGCAAGACAAGUUGAGUUCGCGCCCCGAAGAAGAGUACAUUGAGCCACGGUCAAAUGUCGCCAGCUUGAGUGCUACUCCACCAACGCCAUCGCAGCCCCAAAUCUCUCAGCAGGCCUAUGUAGAACUACAGGCUGCCUACGACAAGUUGAAUGAGCGUUUCAAUUCAGAGCAAUCCACCUUCCAGGCUACCAUUGGGCGGCUGGAAACACUGCACGAUGGCAUACAAGCCAAGCUACAAGAAAACAUGUCCUAUAUUGAAACGCUCGAGCAGGAUAAUGCCACUUACAAAGAGAAGAUAUGCAAACUGGAAGAGGGCAUAGCCACCUUCGAAGAGCGACGCGCAUCAAUGGAACGGCGUACGAAUUUGUUGUGUGCCCAAAUGCAGACGCGCGAAACCGAACACGAGCAGGCGGAAGAUGAACUGCUCUACCGCCUGAAUAUGCUCUCCGAGCAUGAUGAUAUCAUUGGCCAACGCCUUCUGCAGGCGCAAGAAGAGAAGGAUGAUUUGAUGGAUCGCGUAGAACGUAUACAAGCCGAGUUCAACCAACUCAGCACCAACUAUGCUAAAAUGGAAAGAGAAUAUCAGAUAUACCGCGAGCAAAGUGAGACGAAUAUAGAGACGGAGACUCAAACGCUGCGUGAGCAACUCACCGCUGCGCGCGCAGAUGUAGAACAGUUGCGUACCGUUUACGAUGCCAAAUUGGCAGUCAAAACAACGGAGCUGGAUGAGUUGGAAAAUGAACUGAGCGAACAAUUAUCUAAAAUGAAUAACGAGAAACGCGCGGUAGCAGAAGAUCUUGAGCGCGCGCAGGAUGAGUGCAAUGAGCAGAAGGACGAAAUUGUGCGAUUGAAAGAAUCACUAAACGCCUUGGACCAGGCCAAGCAGGAGUUGGAACGUGAGGCAACUUGGCUGCGCAUGCAGAACGAAGGCAGCCAGCAGGAUCAAUACGAGUUACAGGAGCUGCGCAUGCAAACAAUGCAAGAUAAAACGGAAAUCGAUAAUUUGCGUCAUCAAAUUGAAACGUUGGCGAGCAAUCACGAAGUGGAGCUGCAAGCAUUGCGAACUCAAAUCUCCGAAUUGGACACAUUGCGAAUGCAGGUUGGACAAAACCAAACUGACGAUCAAGUGUUUAUAGAAACGGAGAAUAAACGCCUAACCGAUUUGCUUGCAGAGAAGGAAGCAAUUAUCGAUAAUUAUCAACGCCAGAAUUUGCAAUUACAAAUGGCAGCUGCUGCCGCCGCACAACCACAAGGCGCAGUCGGAGCAGCACAGCCCGAUCCGCUUGCCUUAGCAUUUGGCUUGCCACAGCAAAGCGCGGCGCUAACAAGUCAAGCAGCACCUCAAGGCGAGGAAAGCGCCCGUUUGCAGCGUGAAUUCCUGGAAAAGAAUGAUCAGAUUGCGCGUCUGCAACGUGAACUAAAUUCAGUGCAGUCUGAGUUCCACAAAGUGCUCGAAGGCAAUCAAGAAAUGCAUCGGCAGCUGAUGGCGAAGAACCAGGAAAUUGAGAAUUUACGAAACUCUAACUUUACUACACCCACAGCCGCUGCAGUGUUUGGACAACCAACGCAACAGGAUGUCAUACCGGCGCCGCCACUUUUCUUUACCACCGAGCAGGCGACGCCCUCGCCCUUCGAUGAGAUUGUGCAAGUGCGUACCGUCGGAACUCUCGAAAGUAGUGCGCUCAUUCAUGGUAGCGACAAUGUAAACAGCGCGCUUGAGCAGCCCACAAUCGAGGAUCUACAGCGUAAUGUGUCCGAUUUGGAGAAGCAUGCGCAGGAUCUCGAAAAUAAGUUGGCUACACGCAAUCAGCGCGAACUGGAAUUUAAAGAGCAGCUGCGCGAAAAUGAGCAAGCGUUCAGUGAAUUGGAGCGACAGCAAAUUGAGCGCUCUAAAGAGCUGAAUGCGGUGCGCGCGGAGUUGCAGAAAGUGCUGAAUGAAAACGUUGCACUUAAACAGGCAGAUGCAGCAACGCAGCAGCAAAUCAAGCAAUUGGAAGCCAACUUAUCAGCGGUGCAGCGCGAACUUAAUGAGCGGGACCAGCAGCUGAGAGGGUUGGAACGCAGUAUGCAACAGAAACAAGCCUCCAACGACAAGCAAGAGUGUGAUUUGAUGGGCCUUGAACAAUUACAAAACAACUUAAAACAGUUACAAGCAAUGUUACAGCAACGCGACAACGAGUUGGCUCAACUGCGACGCGCACUAGAGGACGAGCAGACGCUAAAAGAACGCACCUCGGCGCUCGAGAGCCAAAUUAUACCAGACGCAUUAACGAAUUUACAAGCAGGUAACACGUCAAAUGCAAUGCCCACACUGGAUAUGUUCUUUGGCGGCGCGGGUAGUGAUGGAAAUGCCUUUGAAACUUUAGUCAUACCACCUGUAUCCAAUGAGCCUGUGGUGGAAGAGCCAAUUGUGCCCGAAAAGGCAUACAUUUGCCAACCGCAAGGCGAACAAACAGCAGCUGUGCUUGACCUGGGUGGCGACUGGGGUGACUCAUGGAGCGCGCAGGAGGCAGCCGUUGAAGAGGAGCACUUCUCCAGGACGGCGGCAGCCAACUUGGGCGCCCGAGUCUCUUUGGUGCCGCGUGAGCAACAACUGGAACUACAGUUGGCCGAGCAGACAGAGAAAAUUGCUGUGCUGCAGCUAACGGUGGAACGUUGUGAGCAACAAAAGCAGGAAUUGCAGGUGAAAUCUGGCAAACUAAUGAAGAAACUCAAGGAGUAUAAGACAAAGAUCGAUGAGUUGCAAAGCAGUGCGACAAAGGGCGCUAACGCCUCAGGUACGGCAUCAUCAUUCUUUGAUUUAGACGCCGCUAUACAGGAUGAACUCAAAUCGCAAAUUAAGCAACUGGAGGAACGUUUGCAGGAAGAGCGUAAACAGCACGAAUUAUACGGCGUGGAAAAGGAGAAGUUGCUGAAGCGCAUCGAUGUACUGACAGCAGGCAGCGAACGUAUGGCUGAAAUGAAGGAACGCCAAGAUAUGGAAGUGCAAAUGUAUCAGGCGAGAAUACAGGAACUGCAGGCGAAAGUUAAUAGAUUGGAGGAUUGGGGACCAGAUACGGAGGCGAGUAUUGGAGCAGCUGCGCAAACACAACAGCGGCAGCAGGAAACAGAAUCUGUUGCCACCAACGCCCAAGCCCAGCCCACGCCAAUGCCACCACCCACAGGCGAGCUGGAAAGGCAGCAGCUCCGCCAACGCAUCAGUGAACUUACAGCAGAAAUACGGGAUAUAAAUGUCGAUCGCCAAGAACUUCAAGCGCUUCUGGACGAUGAAAAGGCGAAUGUGCUGCGAGCCGAGGAAGCUCAGAAGAUGUUGCAGCAGCAGUUAGCUGAUCGCGAUAACAAAUCUCUGGCAAGUGAAAGCGCGGAGAAGGCCAAAUAUAAUGAAGUAAAAGCGGAAUAUCAGCAGUUACAGGAAAAGUAUAACUCCUUACAUGCAUCAUUCGAAGAGCAAACCAGCGAGCUAAAUCGCCUGAAAGGGCGCGAAGAGCAACUGAAUGCCGCCUUGCUGGAAGCAGAAGCCAACUUAACUAAGAGCCGAGCGGAGAGCACCCGGGAAGAACAACUGCAGGCAGCGCUAUCGAAAGCCGAAAGCAACUUAUCUGAGACAAAUGCGCAAAUGGCGCGAAUCGAGGCCGACUUCGGUGCCGUACAAUCACAGUUGCUGGAGCUGCAAACAAAACAUGCCGAGUUGUUGCAAGCCAAUCAAGAGCUGCAGAGCGCGAACGCAUCAGCGGCUUCUACAGUAAAUACGGAACUCCUUGUCAGUGAAAAUGUACAGUUGCGCGCGGAAAAUGGUGUUUUAGAGCAACGUGUCAGGCAGCUGGAACAAGACUUUGCGACACAAGCGCUCAGCACAGCUUCAAGCGCCAUCUUGAGUACCGCGCCAUCCAGCAGUGUUGACGUGGAUGAACUCAACGCGCAGUUACAGGAAAAGGAAUCUGAGAUAAUGCAUUUAAAACAGCGCAUUGAGGAUUUGAUGCGUGAAGACCAAACUGAGAAGCUUGUACUGGAGAUACUAACAAAGAACCAGGAGAUCCAUUUGCUGAAAAUGCAAGUUAAAAAUUUGGAGGAUGACAAACAAGAGAUGGAACACAAUUUAUCCGUGCAGAUCACCAGCGAAAUGCAGGCCAACAAGAACGGUGUCGAGACCGAGAAUGCAGAAUUGCGAGAGCAAACGCAACAGUUGGAACAACAGCUAAAAGCACUGCAGAGCGAAAAGCAAAAUAUGGAGGAAGAACUGAAGGUGCUGAACAAUCAUGUGAUGAGUAGCCUCGAAAAUGAAGACAAGCUGAAGGCGGCGGCGCUGCAGUUAGAUACGCAAAACUUCGAAAUUGCUGAGCUGCGGCGUACAAUUGAGGUGCUCAGAGCCAGCGGAAGCGCCGACACUUCCAUUCCGACUGCAGCACCCGACGCAGCACCGCCACUCGACCAUGUUGCUUUGAAUGCCCAGUGGGAGGCGAUAGUUGAGCAAAAAUGCGGUGAAAUCGCCAAGAUGUGGCGCGAGCAUUUAGAACAACGCGAAGCCGAAUUCAAAUUAACCGAGGUACGCCUACGUGAGGAGUUGGCCGCGCAGCGACAAGCACAGCCACACGACCAAGGUGCGCAACUGGGCAUUUCUGCUGAAACGACAGCCACAUCUACGCCUGGCUCCGUGUCAACCACGCAAUCGGGCUCUUCGUCGGCGGCCGCCUCAAAGAAUGGUACACCAUUGCGCCACCGCAUUAUCAACGAAGAGCAUGAAGCAGACGCGGAUACAAUUAUUGAGAAAAUGCAAGCGGCGCUCGAGAGCCAGGAAAUGGAAAUUGUCACCUUGAAGGAGCAGUUGGCAAUACGCUCAGCAGAGUAUGCGCGCUUGGCGGCUCAAUACGAUCCAUUUAAACUACAGAAUACCUCGUCACACAGUGGCAUUAGCGGCAGCGUUGUAGCCGAACAGCGAAGGGGCGCCAAUGCGGCGAGCGGCAACGAUUCCACACUCGUGCCAAAAUCCGAAUUAGAUUUUGCGCUGUAUAUGCUUCACCAGCGAGAUAUGCGUUGCGAGGAAAUGACGCUGGAGUUAGUAUCGCUGCUAGAGGAGCGUGACACUCUGCAGCUGAAGCUGUCCAAUACGCUGCGGCAGGUGGAGGCCAUCAAAGCGGUUACGAAUUAUGUGGAGCCUCCUAACUCGCCAGCGGACAACACCGUGAUUACGUCACAAGACACAGUCGCUGCUGGUCAAACACAGCGCAGUGUUGUUAGUCCAGCGGGUGCCGGUGAUUCAGCCGAUGAAUUGAGCCAAAAAUUGUCUCAAUUGCAAACUGUCAAUCAUUCCAAGGACAAGGUGAUUAAAGAGGAACGCGAUCAGCGCAUACGACAAAUGGAAAAGAUACAACAGGAUGUGGCUAAGAUGCCGCAAGCCGCUGUCUCCGAAUUAGUGGGCACAGAUGCAGCGCAAACCGGCCAAUCACCAUCAUCUGUGCUGCUAAACUGGCUGUGGGGUAAUAAGCCAGACGCUGGCAGUUCAACGCUGAAUUAAAGCAAUAAAUUUAAAACAACUAAAUCGACAAUAUACGAACGUUAGCAAACCAACACUGCUCUAGAAUCGUUGAAUUCAUUAGCCUGAAUUGGUUUCAAACGCCAAUGCGAUAUUCAGGUCUAACUUUACGCACUUACUUAUGUACCAUAUGUGAAUUGUUAUCUUCUUAAAUAUUUAUCUUCAAAAAUACGAUGAUGUAAAAUUUUAUAAAGUACCUUAUUUCGUUCUGUUAAAAAAUGUUUACUAAAACUUCAAUAAUCUACUGUAAAUAACGCUGAUAAACAUAUGUAAUGCCGUUGCGUGUAUUUAAUUUUUUUUAAUAUUGUAACUGCGUAAUUCGAACAGAAGUAUAUGAAACAUUCAUUCUUUAGUGUAAAAUGUAUGCCUAUGUAGUUGUAAAGACAAAGAAAUAGAAGUUGUAUUUAGAAAAUAAUUGGGACUAUAUUGAAUGAUGUUUAAGAAAUAAAAUUUGUUAGUAACCAUA